ACACGAUGAAGGGUUGACUUGGGAUUGAUUAGUAUAUGUUACUCCAGUGCAUAUACUCCGUACUGUAGCACCAUGUCCGCCGGAACCAACCGCCUCUUCCUCACCACGGCCAUUGCCCAUGGCCUUCUUAGCUUGGGACACACUGCGAAAGGCCUGGAGCAAUUCAAGGAACCGUCUCUGAAACAGAUUCCCGCACUUCUCCGUACGACUGUGAAGGUCGGCUGGUAUGAAGGCAGCGUCUUCUUUGUCAUUGCUGCCCUCCUAAACCUAAAAUGGUCCCACUCCCCCAUCGGCCUCGUCGACCCCCUCGACAAAGCCAUCGCCACCCUCCUCACCACCCUCCUCUUCGGCGCAGGAGCAAAGUACUACGGUGCCGGAGACCGCGGCACGGGCAUCACGCUCGCGAUUGUUGGGAUUCUGCAGGGUUUGGGGUUGAAGGGAGGUCUGUAGAUAGCUUGUGUUGGGGAGAGGAGUGUGUGAAGAGGAAAAAUCUAAGGUCGACACGUCAGCUCGCAGCGGUGUGGUUCUGUCUUGAGGGAGGACCGCCCAGGACGGGAACGAGAUUUUUUUUGUGUCAAGCUGCAGUGCUGGCUUCUGUCGUGUGGGUGCCCAUACACAGCAAGAUGCUGAACUGGGCUCGGAAAUGUGAGCCGUGCAGCUGUUCGACCGACUCUAUGCAAAGCCAAGUACAGAUUUCCCUCGAUUCCGUUAGG